AUGGCUGGUUCCCUCCCUAUGGGCAAUGCCCUCGAUGCGAUUGGCAACACACCAUGCGUACAGCUACGACGAGUUGUACCAGAUGGAUGUGCGCGGGUUUUCGUAAAGCUCGAAUCACUCAAUCCAACGGGGUCUUACAAAGAUCGCAUGGCGAAAUCCUUGAUCGAAGAGGCGGAGCAGAGAGGAGAUUUGCGACCCGGUAUGACCGUUGUAGAAGCUACUGGGGGCAGCACCGGCUCAUCGCUUGCUUUCGUUUGUGCUGUCAAGGGCUACAAGUUUCACGUCGUGUCGUCUAAUGCCUACGCGGUCGACAAGCUACGAGCGAUGGCAGCAUUCGGCGCUGAGGUAGAUUUGGUCAACAGCCCCUCUGGUCGCAUCACAGCAGACCUGAUUCCAUCGAUGAUAGAGCGUGCAAAAGCGAUCGCACAGGACGAUACCUACUAUCCUACCGACCAAUUCAACAACGUUGACGCUUAUGUUGGCUACAAGGCACUCGGGCUCGAACUGGUUGAUCAGUUUCCGAACGGUAUUGACGGGUUUUGCGCGGCUGUCGGUACAGCGGGUAUGGUCAUGGGCGUAUCGAAGGUUUUGAAGGAACGAUGGCCUAAGACGUACGUUCAAAUUCUUGAACCGGCGUCUGCUCCUACUAUCACCCAAGGUCGGAGUGGCGUGCAUGGUGUCGAGGGCAUAGGAAUUGGGUAUAUGCCACCUCUUCUUGACAAGGACCUUUAUGACGAUGCGCGCGCAAUUUCGGAGGAUGAAGGUCGUGUGAUGUGUCGACGUCUCGCCAAAGAGGAGGGACUUCUUGCUGGUACAUCCACCGGUCUCAACGUGACCGCCGCUAUUGCGCUAGCAAAACAACUGGGACCCGACAAGACGGUAGUAACGGUCGCGUGCGAUACAGGACUGAAGUACAUGCACAGAGAUCUGUACGGCUAA